AUGAAGACGGUCCUGGUGCUUGCGCUCUCCCUCGCCUUCCUGACUCUCUUCUCGGGGGCCUCCCCGGUUGUGACGGAAAAGGAGGCCAAACAGCUCCUGCGGUCCAGGCGCCAGGACAGGCCAAGCAAACCCGGGUUCCCCGACGAGCCCAUGCGGGAGUACAUGCACCACCUGCUCCGUCUGGAGCGCCGGGCCGAGGAGCAGUUCCUGGAGCACUGGCUGAACCCUCACUGCAAGCCCCACUGUGACAGGAACUUGGUCCAUCCCGUGUAAGGGGCUCAGGACCAGCCUCCGAAAGCCCUUUGAUGAGCAUGGGCCUGGGUAAUGCUGAGAC